CCCAGUUCUGUCUGGGCGCCCGCAGUCGCAUCCCCACCGGGCAGCCCCCUGCCACUCCACCAGGCGCCUAGUCCCAAGACAGCCGGGGAACCCUUGCGAAUCACAUCCGUAAAAGCGUCGGGGCGCAAGGGGCGGGGCGAGCCCCGUAGGAGAAAAUCGGGCCUCCCUGCCUACUACCCGCGGUCCCGCUGGGGUCGCUGCCAGCCAUCCAGCCGCCCCUCUCGCUGAACCCGCAGUAUCGCCCGCGCGCCCCGAGCCCCUCCAGGCCAGAGGCUCCCGCAGGUGAUGGCGGACGAGGGUGCGGGGGGCCUGGAAACCGCCGCGCGCCCGGUCACCGCGUCUGGGGCCCAAGAGGCUGGGGGACGCGGGUAUCCCGACCCCGCAGCCCGCCCAGGGACCAUCCUACCUUCCCCGGGGGGCCGGGAAGCGGCCUCCGCGGCCACUGGCCUGAGCCCAGAAAACGGCCUUUUCGGGGACGGGGGCCCAGAAACCUGUGGCGCAGAAGGGUGGGAGGCUCGGGCUGGAGCCGGCGGGAAGGCAGAGGAAGUGACGACUAGGGAGGGCGCCAUCUUCAUGGAGGAGGCGGAACGGGAGGUGGGGAAGCAGCCUGUGGGAGAGGAGAUGGAGGUGGCCGAGAAGCUGGUGCGGGGGGAGAAGCUGGAGGUGGGAGCGGAGGCGCAGCAAGGCCCGGGGCCCCUGAACUUUGGUGGCCCAGUUGUGGACCCGCUGGAAGCCAUCCAGUGGGAGCUGGAGGCCGUGAGUGCCCAGGCAGGCAGGGCCUACCUGCGGCUGGAGCGCAGGUUUGGGCGCAUGCACCGGUUGCACCUAGCCCGAAGGAGCUUCAUCAUCCAGAAUAUUCCUGGCUUCUGGGUCACCACCUUCCUGAACCACCCGCAGCUGUCAGCCAUGAUCAGCCCCCGAGGCGAAGACAUGCUCUGCUACCUGAUGAAUUUGGAAGUGAGGGAGCACAGGCACGCCAGGACGGCCUGCAAGUUCAAGUUCAGUUUUUGGAGCAACCCCUACUUCCGGAACAAGGUGAUAGUGAAGAAGUAUGAGUGCAGAUCCUUAGGCCGGGUGGUGUCAAUUGCAAGUUGCAUUUGCUGGCACUGGGGCCAGGAACCUCCAACUCUGGUACACAGGAACCGGGACACCAUCCACAGCUUCUUCAGCUGGUUCUCAAAGCACAGCCUCCCGGAGGCCGACAGGGUUGCCCAGAUUAUUAAAGAGGACCUGUGGCCCAACCCCCUGCAGUACUACCUGCUCUGGGAUAGGCCCCACAGAGCCAGGCAAGGCCUAGCAAGGUGGCCCACAGAGGCCCCACCUAGGCCCUAUGGGUUCCAGUCUGGCUAAGUCCUGCCCUGGGACCUGGCCCCUACACAAGACUCCUUUCUGCCUCCUGGGGACCUGGGCUUAGGCCAGCCAUGGCACUCUGCUGUCUGCUUUCUGUUCCAUGCACUCUGACCCCUUUGGACUUCAGUGGACUCAGCUCCGAGAUUGUGGCCUUCAUGGCCACGCUCUUCUGUUUCCAUGUAGGCUCCAUGCAUCACAUGACUGUCACAUGCCACAGUGUCUACCCAAGCACCCAGCGCUGUGGACAGGUACUACCAUCAUCUUCAUGGACCUGGACCUGUCUUUGAUCAUGGCCUUCCACCCAUUUUUUUUUUUUUUUUGCGGUACGCGGGCCUCUCACUGUUGUGGCCUCUCCCGUUGCGGAACACAGGCUCCGGACACGCAGGCUCAGUGGCCAUGGCUCACAGACCCAGCCGCUCCGCAGCAUGUGGGAUCUUCCUGGACUGGGGCACGAACCCGCGUCCCCUGCAUCAACAGGCGGACUCUCAACCACUGCGCCACCAGGGAAGCCCCACCACCCAUUUUUUACAUGGGCACCCACAGGUCAUCACUAGGAGGACCAGUGCCUCUUUGAGGCCUACUCCUUCAAGGCCACAGCAUGCCAGGCUUCGUACUUAUGCUGACCCCACACCUGUCUGUGGCAAGCUGAGUCUUGUCACCCAAGAGGAAGUGGGUGCAUUUGGUCAGCCAGACUUGGACAUUCCAGGACCUCAGGACCACAGGCCAGGCUAAUGGACUGUUGGGCAUCUAGCAGAAUGGGCAUGGGGUGAGGUCAAGGACAUGAAGCAGUGGGCAGUGCAUUCUUUGUGAUCACACUGCUCUUCUUACCCCUGUGUUGGUCCUACCUCCCGACCUGCUACUGACUUUUGAAGGUCUGUGUCCUACCUGUGUGUGGUCAUCGCCCUUUUCAUGAGUUUCACCCAGGUUGCCAGCGACCUUGUUGCCUGCUCCCAGGUCUAUAAGGACCUCAAGAACUGCCUGUGAACCCAGGUGGGCCACCUGCCAAUGCACAAGAGCUCCCCAAACCCCAGGAACUCUGCCACGCUGGCAUAUCUGGGCAUGCACUUAACGCAGGGGCAGUAAUGGAGUCCCUUCCAGAAGCCUACCUUCCUGAGCUCCAGUCACUGGACUCACACAGAACCCAACUCCCUUCUCUCCACUUGUUUUUAGGCGGCCAGCUUGGGGGUGCUGGAGAGGGGGUGUUUCUGGUCGUGAGGCCUUUCUCCACCUGCCGAGAUCUCGCGUUUGUUUUUAUUUUCUUUAAAGUGAUAGCUCAGAAACAAGAUAACUGAAGAAGCAAGGUUUUUUACAAACAGCUGAGGAGACAGGCUUUCUUGUUGAAUUUGCCUCUCCGAUUGUCUCCAGAGAGGGAGGGUUGUCCUCUAGCUUGGCGGAGCUCUCUUUGCCCCCUCUGCUCCAGUGCCCUGUCCCCCUCAGCAACGGGGGACAGCACAGGGCCCCUGAGCAGAGACACCAGGAGCUCUGGGCCCGCAGGGAUAGCACAUUGUUUUGUUUCAUGCUGUGUUCUUGGAGACUAACUUUAGCUCCAACUCUACUUUCUUCUCCUUUCGCCGGGUCCAAACCCUCAUGGGAUCCUGUUAGUACAGGAGCUUAGCCGUGCCCCACUCCUGAGACCCCCUAAGACAGUUUUUUUGGGCUGUCUCCAUCUCAUUUUGGGGGAAUGACCAUACCCAGGUCUCUUCCCAUGGAAGGGCUUCUCUUCUGCUCCCGAGGACCUGGGGAGACCUUAACACAAAAUAAAGGUGGGGGGGCUGCUCUCGGCAGGGGCGUGCAAGAGAAGUUGGAGCCAGCUGGGAAGACAGGGAUGGAGGAGGGCCUGCAAGGUGCAGGGAGGGGAGCCCCCGAAUCUUCUUAACUUUUUUGAUUCACCAACUGACCUUUUAAUUUUUUAAUAUUUUUUUCCUUUUAUUUUUUAAAAUUUCUUUUUAUUUGAUUAUUCCAGUUUCUAAAAAUUUUGAUGGUCAACCCUAUUGAGGAAAUUUGUAGAUUUUUUUAAACAUCUUUAUUGCAGUAUAAUUGCUUUACAAUGGUGUGUUAGUUUCUGCUUUAUAACAAAGUGAAUCAGCUAUACAUAUACAUAUAUCCCCAUAUCCCCUCCCUCUUGUGCCUCCCUCCCACCCUCCCUAUCCCACCCCUCUAGGUGGUCACAAAGCACCGAGCUGAUCUCCCUGUGCUAUGCAGCUGCUUCCCACUAGCUAUCUAGUGGGAUAUAUAUGUCCACGCCACUCUCUCACUUCGUCCCAGCUUACCAUUCCCACUCCCUGUGUCCUCAAGUCCAUUCUCUACGUCUGCGUGUAGAUUUUUUUUUUUAAUUAAUUUUUAUUGGAGUAUGGUUGCUUUACACUGUUGUGUUAGCCUCCACUGCACAACAAAAUGAAUCAGCCAUACACAUACAGAUAUCCCCUCCCUUUUGGACUUCCCUCCCAUUUAGGUUACCACAGUGCAUUAGGUAAGAGUUCCCUGUGCUAUACUGUGUGUCCCCAUCAGUUGUCUAUUUUAUACAUAGUAUCAAUAAUGUAUAUGUGCCAAUCCCAGUCUCCCAAUUCCUCCCACCCCACCCCUUUCCCCCUUGGUGUCCAUACGUUUGUUCUCUACGUCUGUGUCUCUAUUUCUGCUUUGCAGAUAAGAUCAUCUAUACCAUUUUUCUAGAUUCCACAUAUAUGUGUUAUUAUACGAUAUUUGCUUUUCCCUUUCUGACUUACUUUACUCUGUAUAACACUCUCUAGGUCCAUCCAUGACUCUACAAAUGAUCCAUUUUUAUUCCUUUUUAUGGCUGAGUAAUAUUCCAUUGUAUAUAUGUACCACAUCUUUAUCCAUUCCUCUGUUGAUGGACAUUUAGGUUGCUUCCAUGCCCUGGCUAUUGUAAAUAGUGCUUCAGUGAACAUUGGGAUGCAUGUGUUUUUCUGAAUUAUGGUUUUCUCUGGGUAUAUGCCCAGUGGUAGGAUUGUUGGGUCAUAUAGUAGUUCUAUUUUUAGUUCUUUAAGGAACCUCCAUACUGUUCUCCAUAGUGGCUGUAUCAAUUUACAUUCCUGCCAACAGUGUAUGAGGGUUCCCUUUUCUCCACACCCUCUCCAGCAUUUAUUGUUUGUAGGUUUUUUAAAAUAAAUUUUAAUUAAUUAAUUUUUGGCUGCAUUGGGUCUUCGUUGCUAUGUGCAGGCUUUCUCUAGUUGCAGCGAGCGGGGGCUACUCUUUGUUGUGGUGGGCGGGCUUCUCAUUGCAGUGGCUUCUCUUGUUGCGGAGCAUGGGCUUAGUUGCUCUGUGGCAUGUGGGAUCUUCCCAGACCAGGGCUGGAACCUGUGUCCCCUGCACUGGCAGGUGGAUUCUUAACCACUGUGCCACCAAGGAAGCCCUGUUUGUAGGUUUUUUGAUGAUGGCUGUUCUGACCGGUGUGAGGUGAUACCUCAUUGUAGUUUUGAUUUGCAUUUCUCUAAUAAUUAGUGAUGUUGAGCAUCUUUUCAUGUGUUUGUUAGGUCUUCUGCCCAUUUUUUGAUUGGGUUGUUGGCUUUUUUGAUGUUGAGCUGCAUGAGCUGCUUGUAUAUUUUGGAGUUUAAUCCUUUGUCAGUUGCUUCGUUUGCAAAUAUUUUCUCCCAUUCUGAGGGUUGUCUUUUCAUCUUGUUUUUGGUUUCCUUUGCUGUGCAAAAGCUUUUAAGUUUCACUAGGUCCCAUUUGUUUAUUUUUGUUUUAAUUUUCAUUACUCUAGGAGGUGGCUCAAAAAAGAUGUUGCUGUGAUUUAUGUCGAAGAGUGUUCUGCCUAUGUUUUCCUCUAAGAGUUUUAUAGUGUCUGGCCUUACAUUUAGGUCUUUAACCCAUUUUGAGUUUAUUUUUGAGCAUGGUGUUAGGGAGUGUUCUAAUUUCAUUUUUUUACAUGUAGCUCUCCAGUUUUCCCAGCACCACUUAUUGAAGAGGCUGUCUUUUCUCCAUUGUAUAUUUUUGCUUCCUUUGUCAUAGAUUAGGUGACCAUAGGUGUGUGGGUUUAUCUCUGGGCUUUCUUUUUUUUUUUAAUUAAUUAAUUAAUUUUUACUUUUGGCUGCAUUGAGUCCUCGUUGCUGUGUGCGGGCUUUCUUUUAGUUGCGGUGAGUGGGGGCUAGUCUUUGUUGCGGUGCGUGGGCUUCUUAUUGUGGUGGCUUCUCUUGUUGCGGAACACAGGCUCUAGGUGCGUGGGCUUCAGUAGCUGUGGCACGUGGGCUCAGUAGUUGUGGCUCGUGGGCUCUAGAGUGCAGGCUCAGUAGUUGUGGCACACGGGCUUAGUUGCUCCGUGGCAUGUGGGAUCUUCCCAGACCAGGGCUCGAACCCAUGUCCCCUGCAUUGGCAGGCAGAUUCUUAACUGCAGCACCACCAGGGGAGCCCCUGUCUCUGGGCUUUGUACUAAUUCUGUGAAAGAUGACAUUGGUAAUUUGAUAGGGAUUGCAUUGAAUCUGUAGUUUGCUUUGGGUAGUAGAGUGAUUUUCACAGUAUUGAUUUUUCCAAUCCAAGAACAUGGUAUAUCUUUCCAUCUGUUUGUGUCUUCUUUGAUUUCUUUCAAGAGUGUCUUAUAGUUUUCUGCAUACAGGUCUUUUGCCUCCUUAGGUAGGUUUAUUCCUAGGUAUUUUAUUCUUUUUGUUGCAGUGGUAAAUGGGAUUGUUUCCUUAAUUUCUCUUUCUGCCCUUUCAUUGUUAGUGUACAGGAAUGCAAGAGAUUUCUGUGUAUUAAUUUUGUAUCCUGCAACUUUACCAAAUUCAUUGAUUAGCUCUAGUAGUUUUCUGGUGACAUCUCUUUAAAUUAGAAGAACGCAUAACAGAACACUACAAUUUUAGAGGUUCCCUCAAUCCAGGUAUGACUUUGGGUAUGUAGAAAGUUUAUGCUCUGUUUUACAUUUCCCUGCUUUGUUUGUUUGUUUUUGUUUUGUUUUGUUUUGUUUUGGUCAUGCGGUAUGCAGGAUCUUAGUUCCCCAACCAGGGAUGGAACCCAUGCCCCCUGCAGUGGAAGCAUGGAGUCAUAACCACUGGGCCACCAGGGAAGUCCCUCAUUUCGCUGCUUUUAAGUCAGCCCCGAUGCAUCCCCUUCUGCAUUUCCAUCCACUGGGGAAAUUGAGCUGUCCAGUCCUGCUUGUUGCUUUUAGCUGAGAACAUUUACCAAGAAUAUCAGUGUAAUUUUUCUACACCAUUUGGAAACCUAUGUGGCUAUUCGUGAUUGUUAUUAAGUUGUUGUGGCUGUUAAUAUAACCCUGAACUUAGAAGUAGUUUGAAUAAGGUGGUUUUGUAGGACUUAAGACUAGAAAUUGUUACCAUAUUCUGUGAGGAUAACCUCCGAAAAGAAAUCUGUAACUCUGAUGGUCUUGAUGACCUGUGUCCCAGUGGCGGUGUUGUAAUGACAUCGCUGUAACUGACAUCACUGCUUCUAGACAGAGAAACAGUCAUAAGGUGGCUUUGUCCAAUCAGAAGAGGAUUCAUGGCACUUUGUCUUCUAGUGCUUGAAGAAAAAAUAAAAACUUUUCAGUCUGGGGGGGAAAAAAAACCUCAGAUCAUGUUACUCCCCCAUCCAAAACCCUCCAUUGACAGAAAAAAAAAUCCUAAUUCCUUAUUGUGGCUGACAGAUUCCAGCAUUUUCUGGUCCCUGCCAACAUCUCCCCUCGAUCUUCCUUCGCUUCCCCCAUGCUUGCCUCUAAGCUGCUCAUUAAACACACUAAGCACAUUCCGACCUCAGGGGUUUCGCACUUGCUUUUCUGGCCCCAAACGCUUCUCCCGAGGCCCUUCCUGCCCAGCCUGUCUAAAGUCAUUCUCUGCCCCUCGGCAUUGCUUCUCCCCUUCUCUUCCUGAUUGCCUCCAUGGCACUUGUAACUCUGAAGUGAUCUUCGUUUUCUUCUUUUCCUCUCCCAUCUAACAUGUGUCAGGAGGACAGGGACCUCUCAGUCUGCUGCUUUGCCCCACGUGCACCUCAAAAAUUACUUGUGUGAAAUGAAUGACUUUAGCCAAAUAUGUCAGAGUAUCGUGCUCUGCCCUGCCAACGUGGUUGCUGCCCAAAGGAUUUCAGUUGGGCAGAGAAGUGUGGGGACAAUGAAGGGUGACCAUGUAAUUUGUCCUUAGCUAGAACACGUCUGGGAGUGAAAGGGACACUACUAAUAAUUACACCAGGACAAGAGGCCUAACUGGUACAUAACAGUCACCCCAAAGAGACAGAACCCAGCUAAGUCCAGCUUGGCAUACAGCUCUUCCCAGCUGUGUAUGAUGUGGGAUCAGAGGGUAGAGACUUCUCUGAAGCCAGGACACUGGAGCUGGGCUUUGAAAAAUGGGCGGUAGUUUAGAAAUUGGGCCUGAAAAAGGAAAUUCCUGACAGAGCAAACAGUGUGACCAGAGGCGCUGGGAUAGAAAAUGCAUGAUGUGUUUAGGGCACAACAUGUGCCCUGCGUGUGGCCGCUUGGAAGAGGCAAGCCUAGAUGGGUAGGUUCAGGCCAUUUUCUGGAAACAGGACCUCUGAAUGCAAAGCCAAAGCAUUGUCCUGUAGAUAGUGGGGAGGGCUAUCAGAUGUGGUUCAGAGGUGGGAGAGCUCAUGGGGCAGCUGGAGGCAAGGCAGGGGUCAGUGUCUGCAACUCCCGCUCUCCAGUACCUUCAGUUUGAAUCUUUUCCAUCUAUCCAGGCUGCAGCUCUUCCAGGAAGCCCUCCAUGAUUGCCCAAGCCCACCACAAUCUCUGCCACCUCCCAAGUAGACUGAGAAUCCAAAAUUGGCACACCAGUGCCUGGCUGGGCUGCACCCUCUGGGGUUCUCUUUUGUGCUGUCCCAGAUGCUCCCAGGGGAAUCAGGGUGAGCCGGAAGUGGAGGCGGCCUGGCAAUUCUGGAAGCCAGUGCCGCAUGUGGUUUGCCUGCCCUGCGCCUGGUGUUUGGCAGGUGCACUUUGGCUCCUGCAGCCCAAAUUGGGGCCCAGCUGCAUCCUACAUGUCCUUAGGCCUUUGACAGUGGUGCUUACCCAGACAGGUGCUCACUUGAUCUUUCUGCUGCAUGGCCAACAGCACACCUCCUUCAUGCCGUGACUGGCCUCGGCGGGGGGCCUUGGCAACCGUGGGUCUUGGCGCUCUUCUGGGGCCUGAGUCUCGUCCUCAGAACCCACUCCUGCUUGCUCAUUUAUUCGGGUCCUGAGUCAUUUGUUUAUCCACGCAUCUUAGCGUCCUCUGUACCGGAUGUUGGGGGCGCAAGAUGACUCUAUUCAGGUUUCUGCUCUCAGUGAGCUCAAGAGCCUGAAAACAGUGAUAAUAACCCCUGACGUUUAGUGAACACCUACUGUGUACAGGGAGCUCACGUGGAUACAGCAGCCAGAGUGGUUCUUUAAACCUACGUCGGGUCAUGUCUUUCCUCUGCUCCAAACCCUCCAACGGCUCCAAUCGCACACAAGAGGGAAAGCCAACGUGCUCCUCGUGGCCUGCAAGACCCUCAAGAUCUGACCUUAUCACCUCUCCAACCUCAUCUCCUCCACCUCUCCCUCCAGAUCGCUUUCCAGUGACACCAACUCCUGUUAGUCUUCAAACCUGGCUCAAACCUUUGCUUGCACUUCCCUCACCUGGAACCUUCUUCUCCUGAUAUCUGCACGGCCGACUCCUCGAUUCAUUAAGGUUUCUCAGCUCAUCUGUUACAGUUUCACCUCCUGAGGGAGGCCGUUUUUGACCACCCUUUCCGAAAAACACCCUGACAGUCCUCCUCCCGGUUCUCUGAUUUGGAUUUUGUUAUAGCACUGACAACCCCUUACGUUAGAUUGCAUAUUGAUUUAUUGAUCUGCCGUUUCCUCUGCACUCAUGGGGACUUUGUCUUAUUCACUGCUGAAUACCCCUCACCUAGAGUAGCACCUGGCACAGUUGGGGGCUCAGGAACUCUUUGAGGAAUGAAUGCUUCACACGCUCGAGGUUCAGGAAGCUCUCACAGGUGGGCAAGGGGAAGACGAUCUCUAAGGAUAGGAGCUCUGUAUGGCCCGAAGGCAGCCAUUUUCCAGGCACUCUCUGGAGUUGAGGUGAUGUCUCUGGGCCCAUUCCUGGUCCCUCCUACAGAGAUAUGGCCGCCUGGCUUACACAUGCUCCAAGGGUGGAGGAAGGAGUUCAGGGCGAGGAGGGUCUUCCUGCUCUGGUGUGACAGACACGAGCCUAUGCUCUCAGAGGUCUGCCCUGUUCCGUUGUCCUGGGAAGGAACUUUGGACAAGUUCUUUUCAAUCAGAAUGAAUCUGUCUAGAAACUAUAGCAAUUAGUUGUUACCUAUAACCGCCCUGAUUACAGCUUGGGGGACUUUGAUAUUUUCUCCCAAGGACAUGAUUUCAGCACAGAGAUGCAAGUAUCUCUGAUAUCCGCUUGCCUUUGCUUAGCAGGAGAACUAAAUGCUAACUUGGGCCAGUGAACUUCGAGGCUCCCACCUCACAGGCCCCACCAUCACAGCUGACUCGACCUCAAGGGCAGGGGCUGGGGUGGAGCAGGCACUAGCCGGAAGGCUGAUAGGCCGGCAUGCUCUUGAUUCCCCACUGUGUGGCCUUGGACACAUCCUUUCAUGGCUCUCAGCCCGAGUUUCUCACCUAAAGGAAAACUUGGAAAUUCUUUAGCGGGAGGAAAAAGUCCCUUCAGGUGUCUCCCCCUCCCCAUAAGCCUCCAGCCCUCCAGGUGGCCGGCUCAGUGACAAUGCCUUUGGUUGCAUCUAACAGAAACUCUAAUUGACUUAAACAAGAGAUUUUUUUCCCCUUACGUGAACAUCCAGAGGUCAGGUGGGCUUUGGGGCUGUUUGAAUCAGCAGCUCAAUGAUGUCUGCAAAGACUUGGGCCUUCUUCUCUGAUCUGCCAUCCUUCCUGUUGGUUCCAUUCUCGGGUUGGUACCAAGAUGGUAGCAGUAGUUCCAAGGGUAACUUCGGGAUAUGGCAACUCCAGAGAAGGCAGAUUGUGUCUUCCCAUGACUUGCUUAAAAUGGAAGAAAACUUUCCCAGAAGCCACUUUAGACUUUCUGGGUUCCGCAUCUAAUCGGCUAGAACUGGGUAACAGGUCUGCUCUUGAAUCAGUUAUCGGUGAGGGGGAACGUGGUACUGUGACUUGCUUGGACCAAACAUCAAGGGUAAACUGGGUGUCUGUCCACAGCGUCCAGUGGGGUGGUUAAGACUGUCAUCUCUAGGAGCUGCAGUUAUAAUUCAGCUCUCCUGUGGGACCCUAAAUAGCACUUUCACCCUACAGUGGCCCUCAGGGUUAGAAGGUGCAGACUUCUGGGCUAGCACACGUUCAAUCGCACAGUUUCUGGGCCUAGAGCAUUCUUAGGUGCAGCCAGGUCACUGCCAAGCUUAGAUUGCCAGGAAUUAGGCCCUUUAGACUCACCCUUCAUGGAUGAGGAGGGAGUAACCGAUCGAGCAGCUACCAUGAGUGAUCCUUCCAUGUAACAGGACUCACACAGCCCUUCAGAGACCCCGUGAUCUUACAGGUUAAAAAAGGGAGCAGCAAAGACUUCUGUUUUUAGCCGAGAUGAAAUAACAGGUAAGAUUUAUCCUCCCACCUGAAACUACCAGAAAAACUAAAUAUAUGAAACAGUGGUUUUCAAGCCUUUGGACAUUGAUCAAUAAAGGACAGUAAUCCCAGACAGAUGGGAAACAAGUGAGGGAAGUUCUAUGACUGCCUAGCUCACUUCCUUGAGCGAGUUUUCAGGCUGCAGCAUAAGGGGGGGGACUGAAGUGGGGCCGAGUGCCCUCCCUGAGGUGGCGCUGGGAGUCUGGAGACCAAUGUAACAAGGGUUCAGAAAUGGGCAAAAGAUCUGAACGGACAUUUUCCCAAAGAAGACAAACAGGUGGCCAACAGGUACAUGAAAAGAUGCUCAAUAUCAUUAAUCAUCAGGAAUAUGCAAGUCCAAAACCACAAUGAGAUAUCACUUCACACCUGUUAGAAUGGCUAUUAUCAAAAAGACAAGAAAUAUUGGUGAGGAUGUGGAGAAAAGGGAAACUUUGUGCACUGUUGGUAGGAAUGUAAAUUGGCGCAGCCACUAUGGAAAACAAUAUGGAGGUUCCUCAAAAAAUGAAAAAUAGAACUACCAUACGAUCCAGCAGUUCUACUUCUGGGUAUUUAUCUAAAGAAGAUGAAAACACUAACUCAAAAAGAUGCACCCCUAUGUUCCCUGCAGCAUUAUUUACAAUAGCCAAGAUACGGAAACAACCUAAGUGUCCAUCGAUGGGUGAAGAGAUGAAGAAAUUGUGGUAUAUACACACAAUGGAAUAUUAUCCAGCCAUAAAAAAUGAAACCACCAUUUGCAACAAUAUGGUUGGACACUGAGGACGUUAUGCUAAGUGAAAUAAGAGAAAGACAAGUACCAUGUGAUCUCUCUUGUAGGUGGAAUCUAAAAAAAGAAAAACAACAAACUCAUAGAUACAGAGAACAGAUUGGUGGUUGCCAGAGGUGCAGGGGGUGGGAGAAAUGGGUAAAGGGGAUUAAAAGGUAAAAAGAAAAAGGGGGAGAGAAGGGGAGGGGAGAUGAGUGAGAGAGAGAGAGAGAGAGAGUUCUCAGAAUACCAGAGAGCCAGAGAGAGCUGUGCAAGGAGAAACCCCUGGAGCUCUGCAUAGGGUCCCCUGAAGUAUUCAUUAGCAUACUGAUCAGCACAAGUGUGCGAGGAAACUACCUGAGGCCAAGUAAAGAACCAACAGGAAGAAUGAAAGGGAAUAGUCCUUAGUGCUCACAUGAGUGGGGAAUAGUGUCUAUUCCCACCAGCCAUGGCACUGGGGAGAAUGUCAUGGUAUAUACGGAAGAAUACUCAGAAAGGUCUUGCCUCGAUAAUGGCCAAUAAUUAGCCCUAGAAAAAGCACUGCUCUGAAAUUGCCUAAAAAAAUCUAUGAGUAAGACCCAAAAGGAUUAAACUGUUUCCAAGUAACUUAACUGUCCCAGAACGAAGCUCAAGAGGAUUUACAGGAUUACAAAAAUAUCCAGCCCCUAACAAGGUGAAACUCACAACGUCUGGCAUUCAAUCAAAGACCGUCAAGCCUAUAAAGUGGCAGGCAAUAUGAUCCACAAUGAGGAAAAUAAGCAAUGAAAACCAACCCACAACUGAAAUAGAUGUUCAAAUGAGCAGAUAGAGGCUUUCCUCCUGUCGCAGUGGUUUAGAAUCCACCUGCCGAAUCCAGGGGACACAGGUUCAGAGUAACCCUAACCUAACACAAGCCACAACUAGACCUGGUGCAGCCAAAAUAAAUAAAUAUUUUAAAAUAAUAAUAAAAAAAUUUUUAUUUGCAGAUCAAAUGAUAUUCUACAUAAAAAACCCUAAAGAUUCCACAAAAAACUGUUAGAACUAAUCAAUGAAUUCAGUAAAGUUGCAGGAUAUAAUCACAAUACAAAUAAUACAAUAAUACAAAAAUCUGCUGUGUGUCUAUACACUAAUAUCAAAAAAUCACAAGGAGAAAUUAAGAAAACAAUCCCAUUUACAACUGCAUCAAAUAUAACAAAAUACCUAGGAAUAGAUUUUUUUUUACAUCUUUAUUGGAGUAUAAUUGCUUUACAAUGGUGUGUUAGUUUCUGCUUUAUAACAAAGUGAAUCAGUUAUACAUAUACAUAUGUUCCCAUAUCUCUUCCCUCUUGCGUCUCCCUCCCUCCCACCCUCCCUAACCCACCCCUCCAGGCGGUCACAAACCACCAAGCUGAUCUCCCUGUGCUAUGCGGCUGCUUCCCACUAGCUAUCUACCUUACGUUUGGUAGUGUAUAUAUAUAAAAAAUUUUUUUUUAAAUUUUAAAAAAUGGGUAAGGACCUAAAUAGACAUUUCUCCAAAGAAGAUAUACAAAUAGCCAAUAAGCACUGAAAAGAUGCUCAACAUCACUAAUUAUUAGGUAAAUGCAAAUCAAAACCACAAGAUACCACUUCACAUUCACUAGGAUUGACGGGUAUUUUCUUUUUUUAAAACAAAUUUAUAUAUUUAUUUAUUUUUGGUUGCAUUGGGUCUUCGUUGCUGUGCGCAGGCUUUCUCUAGUUGCAGCAAGUGGGGGCUACUCUUUGUUGCAGUGCGUGGACUUCUCAUCGUGGUGGCUUGUUGCAGAGCAUGGGCUCUAGGUGCGUGGGCUUCAGUAGUUGUGGCAUGCGGGCUCAGUAGUUGUGGCUCGCGGGCUCUAGAGCGCAGGCUCAGUAGUUGUGGCGCACGGGCUUAGUUGCUCCGCGGCAUGUGGGAUCUUCCCGGACCAGGGCUCGAACCCGUGUCCCCUGCAUUGGCAGGCGGAUUCUUAACCACUGCACUACCAGGGAAGUCCCAGGAUGGGUAUUUUCAAAAAACAGAAAAUAACAACUAUUGGUGAGAAUGUAAAGAAACUGAAAUUUUCAUGCAUAGCUGGUGGGAAUGUAAAUGAUACAGUCACUGUGGAUAACAGGAUGGUGGCUUCUCAAAAAAAUUAAACAUACAAUUACCAUAAGAUCCAGCAAUUCCACUCCUAGGUAUAUACCCAAAAUAACUGAAAGCAGGGACUUGAACAGAUAUUUGUACACCAGUGUCUACAACAGCAUUAUCCACAAUAGCCCAAAGGUAAAAACAACCCAAAUGUCCACUGGUGGGUUAAUGGAUAAGCAAAAUGUAGUAUAUACAUACAAUGGGAUAUUAAACCUUAAAGGAGUGAAAUUCUGACAGAUGCUACAAUGUGAAUGAACCUUGAAGACAUAGUAAGUAAAAUAAGCCAGACACAAAAGGACAAAUACGUCCUGAUCCCACCAGAGUAGUCAAGUUCAUAGAGGCAGAAAGUAGAAUAGUGGUUACCAGGGGCUGGGGGGAGAAAAGAACGGGGAGUUAGUGUUUAAUGCAUAAACAGAGUUUCAGUUUGGGAUGAUGAAAAAGUUCUGGAGAUGGCUGGUGACCACACAUUUGUUGCACAAAUUAUGUUGCACAAUUUGUGAGUCUACUUAAUGCUUCUGAAUUGUACACUUUAAAACAGUUAAAGUGGUAAAUUUUAUGUAUACUUUACACAAUAAAAAGUUAGGUAGAAAUAUAUAAAAAGAAAAGACCUAAAUCAAAUUGCUAGAGGUGAAAAAGACGAUGUCUGAGAUGAAAACCACUGGAUUAGUGGCAGAGUAGACAUGGUACAAGAUUAGUGAACUUAAAGGAACAGUAAUAGAAACUAUCCAAAGUGAAACACAGAAAAAAGAAUUAAUGAAAUGAGCAUCAGUGGAUGGGACAUCAGUGGUGAAACGACUUCAAGUAAUCUAACCUAUGGGUAAUCAGAAUCACAGAGGAAAGUUGGGGGGGGGGAGAAAAAAUAUUUGAAGAAACAGUGACCUAAAAACUUUCCAAUCUUACUGAAAACAAUAAACGCACAGUUCUAAGAAGCUCAAUGUACCCUAAACAUAAGAAAUAUGAAGAAAACUAUACCAAGGCAUCCAUAAUCAAAUAGCUCAAAAACCACUGACAUAGUAAAAGCAGUCAUAGAGAAAAGACUUGUUACAUACGGGGGACAAAGAGAAGGAUAUCAACUCUGUUGUUGGAAGCAACGCAAGCAGUAAGAGAGUAGACUAACAUCUUUAAAGUACUAGGAAACAAAAAAACUUGUCAACCUAGAAUUCUAUACCAGCAAAAAUACCUUUCAAUCACAAAGCUAAAACUGAAAUAUUUUGGACAUACAAAAACUGAAAGGGGACUUCCCUGGGGGUCUAGUGGUUAAGACUCUAUGCUUCCAUUGCAGGGGGCACAGGCUUGAUCCUUGGUUGGGGAACUAAGGUCCUGCAUGCCAUGUGGUGAAAAAAAAAAAAAAAAAAGCUGAAAGAAUUCAUCAUCAGCAGAUCCUCACUACAAGAAAUAUUAAAGGAUAUUAAAGAUGUCUUUUAGGCAGAUGGAAAGUCGUACCAGAUGGAAAUUUGUGUCUACACAAAGGAAUGAAGACCACUGGAAAUAAUAACUACCUGGGUACAUAUGUAAGAUUUUUUCUUAUUACUUAAGCUCUCAAAAGACAACUGUUAAAAAAAAAAGGACAACUGUUUAAAUAAAAAUAGCAACAGUAUAUUGUGGGGUUUAUAACAUAUGUAAAAGUAAAAGAGGAGUGACAAUCAAAAUAUAAAGGCUGGUAAUGGAGAAAUGGAAGUACACUAUUGUAUGGUUCUUAUACUGUAUGUGAAGUGGUAUAAUAUCACUUGAAGGUAGACCGUGACAAGUUAAAGAUAUACACUAGAAACCCUAAAGUAAUUACUGAAAUAUCCAGAAAAAGUUACAGUCAAUAAGCCCAUGAAGGAAAUUAAAAUGCAAAGCAUACUUAAUUUGUCCAAAAGAAGACAGACAAAGAGGAAAAAAGGAUACAACAAAUGGGGAACAUAGAAAACAAAUGGCAAGAUGAAGGACUUCAAAUUAGCCAAAUCAAGAAUCAUAUUAGGGACUUCCCUGGUGGUGCAGUGGUUAAGAAUCUGCCUGCCAGUGGAGGGGACACAGGUUCGAGCCCUAGUCUGGGAAGAAUCCACAUGCCGCAGAGCAACGAAGCCCAUGUGUCACAACCCUGAGCCUGUGCUCUACACAGUUGCUCCACAACUACUGAGCCCGUGUGCCACAACUCCUGAAGCCUGCACACCUAGAGCCUGUGUUCCACAACAAGAGAAGCCAUCGCAAUGAGAAGCCCGUGCACCUCAACAAAGAGUAGCCCCUGUUUGCCACAACUAGAGAAAGCCUGUGUGCAGCAACAAAGACCCAACGCAGCAAGCAAGAAAGAAAGAGAAAGAAAAGAUGAAAGAAAGAAAGAAUCAUAUUAAAUGUAAACGAUUUAAACACUCCAAUUAAAAAGCAGAGAUUGUAAGACUGGAUAAAAAGCAAAACCAAACUAUAUGCUGCCUAUAAGAAACACACUUUAAAUAUAAAAAUACAAAUAGGCUAAAAGUAAAAGAAUGGAAAAAGACAUACUGUGCUAACAUUAGUUAAAAGAAAGUGGGAUUGGCUGUAUUAAUACCAAAGUAGAUUUCUGGGGAUAAAUUCAUCCAAAGAACAACAUGAACCUAACAGAGUUUCAAAAUACAUAAUAGCAAAAACAGAACUGCAAGGGGAAAUAUACAAAUCUACAAUUACAGUUAGAGAUUUCAAUACUCCUCUCUCAAUCACUGGUAAAACAAGCAGGCAGAAAAUAGGCAAGCACAUCAUAGACUUGAAAAACACUAUCAACCAACCUGACCUAAUUGACAUUUAUAUAACACUCCACUCAAAAACAGCUGAAUACUCAUUCAAGUGUAUAUGGAAUAUUUACCAAGACAGACCAUAUUUGGGGCCAUAAAACAAGUCUCAAUAAAUUCAAAAGAAUUCAAGUCAUAUAAAGUCUCUGCCCAUUAUUGUCUCUGUCCACAAUAGAAUUAAAUUAGAAAUCAAUAACAGAAAUAUCCUUGAAAAAAAAUCCCCCAAUAUUUGGACACUAAAUAACAUACUUCUAAAUAACCAUGAAUCAAACAAGUAAUCAAAUGGAAAUUAGAAAGUAUCUUGGACUGAAUGACAAUGAACACACAACAUAUCAGUAUUUCUGGGAUCUUGCUAAAGCAGUAUUUAGGAAGAAAUUUAUGAACACCUAUUUUAGAAAAAAAAAAAGACCUCAAAUAAAUGACCUCAGCUUCCACCUUAAGAAACCAGAAGAGAGCAAAUUAAAGAGAGAUGUCCACUCGCACCAUUCACCACUGUAUUUGAGGCUGUGGCCGGUGCAAGACAACAUGAUCAUCUAUGUAGAAUUCUGAAGGAAUAUACAAAAGACAAAAACAAAACAAAACAAACAACCCCCC